UCCCGGUUCCGACUCUAGCGCGUUGGUCGGCGGCGCUGUAAUUACAGCUGCGCAGAACCGCCCGGACGACAGGGGAAAGCAUAUUCAUCUCAACUGUGGCGCCGCGCCUGCGAAAAUGUCUCCUCAGGCAGAGUUUGAGAAGAUGGCAGAGGAUGUGAAGAAGGUGAAGACAAGGCCCACAGACCAGGAGCUGCUGGACCUGUAUGGGCUUUAUAAGCAGACACUCGUUGGAGACAAUAACACCGAUCGACCAGGAAUGAUCGACUUAAAAGGAAAAGCCAAGUGGGACGCCUGGGGCUCCAGGAAAGGAAUGUCCAAGGAUGAUGCCAUGUCUGCCUACAUCACCCUUGCAAAGGAAGUCAUCAGCAAAUAUGGGAUGUAAGACUCGCAGUAAACUGAAGAGACAGAAUUAAUGCAAUAAACGACAACAGACUACUAACUCCAUUACUAAAACAACGCUGCUGCCUAUAUAACAAGUAGCCUUCUGCUUUCAGAGGCCAUAAUUAUGCAGGAUAAAGUGUAAUUUUAGAUGUUUUUUAUGCGCUGUGAUUUCUUUCUCCUUGGCGGGUCAUUUUUUUACAUAGAUUAUUGCCAUUAAUUUAUAGAACUCAGAAAUGUCUCUGCAUCCUCUAAGGGUAAAAAUACUAAAUUUGCUAAUUGCUAUUUCAUCUAAUUUUAUGUAGUUAAUACUUGUAAUCCACAUGUUCAAAGCAAUAUACUGUGUCCUUAUGCACUUUGAUAUGUAACUUGACCUUUUAUCAAAACAGGACAAACUAAAUGCUGUGAAAUGUGAACACACUUACUACACACAUUUUGAAAAUAAAACUUCUUU